AGCAGUCACCUGUUGUUGCGGGGGAGGGGACGCCUUUAUAAAAGUCUGGUCAGAAAUCAACCGGGUUCGCACUGGUUGGUCACGAUGGCGAAGCUGGGGAUUUUGGUAGCCGUUGCUGUGUUCCUGGAGACAGUCUCUGCGACUUCUCUCGGGGUGGUCUACACCGAGGGAGGCAUGGUGGAGGGCAAGAACAUUCGUCUUGGCUUCCGCCGUCACAUGGACAUCUUCAAGGGGAUUCCCUUUGCUGACAUGCCUGGAAGGUUUGAGAAACCAAAGCGUCACCCUGGCUGGGACGGUGUUCUGAAGGCCACUGAGUACAGGCCAAGGUGCCUCCAGGUGAACAUGCUCAUGUCUGACACCAGAGGCAGUGAGGACUGUCUUUACCUGAACGUCUGGGUGCCUCAUGGCCGCGAUGUGUCCACUGGUCUGCCCGUCAUGGUCUGGAUCUACGGAGGAGGCUUCCUGGCUGGAGGCUCCAUGGGUGCUAACUUCCUGGACAACUAUCUGUACGAUGGGCAGGAGAUUGCAGACAGAGGAGAUGUUAUUGUGGUGACGUUGGGAUACCGUGUGGGGACUCUGGGCUUCCUCAGCACUGGAGACUCUGGCAUACCUGGAAACUUCGGUCUGUGGGACCAGCACGCUGCCAUCGCCUGGGUGCACAGGAACAUCCGCUCAUUUGGAGGAGAUCCUGACAACGUCACCAUCUUCGGAGAGUCUGCAGGCGGAGCUAGCGUCAGCUUCCAGACUCUUACUCCCCACAACAAAGGACUGUUUAAGAGAGCCAUCUCCCAGAGCGGUGUCGCCAUUUGCCCCUGGGCCAUCAACCAUAACCCCCGCAGGUUCGCUGAGGAGAUUGCUCUGAAGGUCGGCUGCCCCACUGGUGACACUAUGGCUGGCUGUCUGAAGAUGACUGAUCCUGCACUCCUUACAUUGGCUGGCUCUCUCAGUUUGUCCAGCUCACCUGAUCACCCUAUUGUAAACAACCUGGCCCUGUCUCCUGUGAUCGAUGGCGACUUUGUCCCGGAUGAGCCUCACAACUUGUUCCACAAUGCGGUUGACAUUGACUACAUGGCUGGAGUCAACGAUAUGGAUGGCCACCUCUUCACUGGUUUAGAUGUUCCUUCGAUCAACUCCCCUCUCAUUGACACCCCUAUUGAGGAUAUGAAGAGGCUUCUGGCUUCAUACACUAAAGAGAAGGGUAAGAAUGGUUUGGACAAUGCCUACUCCACAUACACUUCACCCUGGGGAUCAAAUCCCAGUCAGGAGACCAUCAAGAAAACUGUUGUGGCGAUUGGAACAGACUAUAUCUUCCUGGUUCCUACUCAGGCUGCCCUCUACCUUCAUGCUUCCAACGCCGGGACUGGCCGUACCUACUCCUACCUCUUCUCUGAGCCCAACCGUAUGGGCGGCCUUGCCAGACCCUACCCCAGCUGGAUGGGAGCCGACCAUGCUGAUGACCUGCAGUACGUGUUCGGAAAGCCUUUCAGCUCACCACUGGGGUACUGGCCUCGCCACCGUGACGUCUCUGGCUACAUGAUCGCCUACUGGACUAACUUUGCCAAAACUGGAGACCCCAACAAAGGGCUGAGCGUGCCCGCUACCUGGCCCAAAUUCACCAGCAGUGGACACCAGUUCCUGGAGAUCAAUUCUGAUAUGAACAAGAACUAUGUGCAACAGAAGAUGAGGCUGCGUUACGUGCAUUUCUGGACCAGCAUCCUGCCCAACCUUCCUGUAAUCUACUCAGAAUAAAGAGCCUGGGCAAUCACCUGUAUUCCUGUAGUGUGGUCCGAUAAACUUACAGUACAUCAUCAGUACUGGUUCAUUAAAAAUAAAUUGAUGAGGACAACAAAUUAAAUUUCAAUGGUUUUUCAAUUCAUUUUCUUAUGUGUUUUGCAUCUUUGAAUUUACAAUGGUGCUUAAUAACUUCAGUUUGCAGGUAUGGCACCUGACACCUACGGCAUAAUAGUGUUGAUAACCUAUUGAGCUCAUUGAAUGUACACCACAAAGGGAUGAAGAGGUCUGUGUUAAUACCAUUAUCAUAAUGCAAAAUUAAGAAAAUAAAAACCGA